AUGGCGGAUGGGGUAGCACCGAAUCUGCGUUACGGUGGAAAAGUGGCCAUCGUUACCGGAGGCUCCAAGGGAAUUGGGGAAGGAAUUGUGAGAGAAUUUGGUAAAAAUUCACCCCUCGUUAUUCUUAGAGGGGUGUUGUUACCUUCGUUGAAGCAGUUGCUCUGUAGAAUUUACGUAAAUUGCUUGAAUGCGGUUGCAAUUAAAAGUAAAUGACUGCAGCUACUUGUAGAGGUGUCACGGUGACGCCUAAAAAUUGCAUGAAUUAUUGGAGAAAAUUUCUAGCGUUAGAAUUAGUGAUUUUACCGGAUGAGACUGAAUAUAUAAAUUUCCACACUGGAAUUUAUUUCGGCAUUGUGAAGACUAGAUGAUAGCCUCUUUUGGCUUUUCACUUUUAGACCACCUUGCAGCACUCUAGCAGAUUGGGGCUUUCAAAUUUGCAGAUAUUAUUUUCUGCGUUUUGGGCGGAUGCAAAACUGUUCUGCAAAGAGUAUCAUGUGACCUGGCUGUGGCAACAAAAUCAACAAAUUACGUCUACAGUGAUAAUGGACGUUAGAGAGUCAAUAGGAUACACCCAGUCAGCGGGUUUAAAAAUUUGCCAGCUCAAAAAGAGCACAUACCCCAGUAUUUGCACAGUGAUGUAUGAUUUAUUUCGAAUGAUUUUUCAUAUCUCUAGUGAAAGCUGGUGCCAAAGUGGUCUUCUGUGCAAGAGGUGGUAAGUAGUAACUCUGUUGUUGUGCGUACAAUAAAUACUUAUGGCUACAGCUGUAUCCAACUUCAGCAGAUUUCAAACUAGAUCAACAGCUUGCUACUUCAGCUAGUUCACAGAUACUCCUUUAAAAAAUUGUGAAUUCAAAAAUUCAAAUUGUAUGUGACAUUUCUCAUUCAUAACUUUUUCAAUGGUAACCUAGUUCAUAGUUAAAGGUCAAACUCUUAUGUUGAUAGAAAUAAGAGAGAUGGUAAGUUUUGAGCUCAGUAAAGAAAUAAAGAAAGAUGUUUUUCAUCCUGUCACAAGCAUGGGACAAAGAAAAAAUUCUGAGUCCUCGUGAGGAAGCAAACCUCAGACCUUCAGAUUCCACACUCUGAUGCUCUACCACUGAGCCACAGAGACUCCACAGUGAGUGAGGUCUAUUAUUUUGUCCCCUACUUAUGACAAGAAGAAAAACAUCUUUCUUUAAAAUCUUAUGUUAUUUGCUGAAUUAGUUGGAUUCACAUAUAGAAGGAAAAAAUAAACUUGCAAAUCCUCCACACAACUUUCUCUCUUUCCAGCUCUUACAGUGUGGCCUUAUUUGUCUUGAAUAUGAUCUGUAAGUGGCAAAAUGAUCAGAAAUUGAGGCAAGAAAAACUCAUGUGAGCCAAAAUAAUGGGCCUGGGGUGUUCUGGUCAAAAUUAUCAUUAACCCUUUAACUCCAAGAUCUAAUUGUUAAUUCUCCCCCCCUAGCUGCCACACAUUUCCUUGUAAAUUAGUUAUGAGAACUUGGUGCUAGAUCAAGAUAGCAGCUUCUACCUGAUGAGUUUGAAUAUUCUCAUUACCUGUUUGCUGAAUAGAGUUAUGGAUAUUGUAGGGAAAAGUUUUAUGUUAAUCACUUCUGGGAGUUAAAGGGUUAAUUAAUUGGUGUAAAUUGAAAAAUGCAUUUUUCAUCUGUAGGUCAAUCCCAAAUUGAUUUUAGCGACCAAAUUAAAAAUGAUAUUAAUGCUAAUUAAAUUGAACUCAGAAUUGAAUCACAAAUCAAUUUUUGUUCUUUUUACAUGAUUUUAGUUGAGGAUGGAAAAAAACUGGAAAAAGAUGUCACUGAGAAGGGUCCAGGAGAAGGGUACUUUAUAAAAUGUGAUGUUAGUAAAGAAGAAGAUAUUAAGGUAUGUUGGAUCCAUUUAAAACCUAUCUGUCAUUGUAUGAUUUUAAUUGAGAUGGGUCUAUUUAAGUUAGUUGCUUAUCAACUAAUUAAUUAGAACUAACCUCUACCAAACAUUAGUGGAUUUUGUGUUUUUGUUAACCUUGUGUUGUUAAUGAGAAGCAGGCCCUAAAUGUUCCAGGUCUUUUGAGUACAUUAAUGAGGAUGGUCUGGUCCUAUAGGCUUUUGGGCUUCAUUGAAUUUGCUUUUUACUUUAUAGAAUUUGGUAGAUAAGACUGUGGAAAAGUAUGGCUGUAUUGAUUGCCUCAUCAACAAUGCAGGAUGGCGUAAGUUCAUAAAACUGUGAUGUCUGAUUGUUUAUCAAAAAAUAGAAUGUAGCAUAUGAAUGAAGCAGAUUAUGAGAGGUGUUAUUACAAUAUCCUAGAAGAAGUCCUUCCUAGCACUGGUUCCUUAAAAUAGUAAGAUGAAGAAAAUCCAGGCAGAUUAACAGUUUAAUUGCUUUGUAGAAGUUUUUCCAUGGCCUAUUUGAUAUGCCAUAAUUCAAUCACUCAUUGAAUCUUCAUUAGACAAUUUGAAUUUCUUGAUAGAUCCUCCGGAGGGAAAAACAGUGGAUCACACCACAGUUGAUGAGUUUAAAAAUCUGCUAAAUCUUAACCUUGUGAAUUAUUUCAUCUUUUGCAAGGUAAGUGUUAGCCAAGAGACAUGAAGUCAAAUGUUGUAAUUAGGGACAGAGCCAGGUUGUAAAGCAUUAUGUAGCCUUGAUUUUUAGUGGGUACAGUUCAUUCAUGAGAGUGGCAUGUAGUUAACAUGGUGAUGGUAUAAAUUUUGAGUCCUGUUUACAUUGUACUUUGUGACUCUGUGUUAAAUUUUGCCAUUUUAGUUUGCUCUGCCUCAUCUACGCAAAACAAAAGGGAGCAUCAUCAAUGUUUCUAGUUUAGUGGCACAGAUUGGUCAGCCUGGUGCUGUGGCAUAUGUAGCAAGCAAGGUAAAUGCAAUGUUUAGGAAAAAAAACUACCUCUUGUCAUGGAAAAGUGUGAUGCAUAUUCUAUUAGGUGAGGUUUGUGUUUAGGGAGAAUGACCUGAGUUGUAAUAACUAGCAUCUUAUGAUUAGUCCAAACACUUAGCCUAUAACUCCUAAGAUCUGAUUGUUAAGUCUCCCUCCCUAGCCCUGACACAUUUUCUUGUCAAUUAGUUGCAAGAAUUUGAUGUUAGAUUAUGAUAACAACUUUUAUCUGAUCAGUUUGGGUAUUCUCAUCACCUGUUUGCUGAAUAAUUUAUGGAUUAUCAUAGAGAGAAGUUGCAUAUUAAUGAUACUACAUGUAUAUUAUAUCGAUGAUAUAUUAAAUGGUAAAUAUAAACAAGUUUCACUGCUCUUUCCUUAGAAAAGAAGUAAGUCAAAAACAUAAUUAAUUAUAAAAUGAAAUAAAAUUAGGGCAAUUUUGUGCUGUAGCAGCCAACUCUGUUAUCAACUGAGACAUUUCCCAGGUUAGCAUUAACUUUGUGCUUUUAAAGAAAACUGACAAAAAUGUUACUAUUACCUUUGUUCAGUCAUACUUAAAUUGUUUUCAAGGAGUUUAGUCUGUUUCAAAUCCCCACAGUGUGCACUAAGCAGAUAAAAUCAAGACACAUUAUUUGGAAUGCUUUUUCACAGGGUGCCAUUACUUCAAUGACCAGAGCUCUAGCAGUUGAUGAGGCAAAACAUGGAGUGCGAGUCAACAGGUACUGAAACAUUUUUAACGAAGUGAGGUAAUAUUUGCACUCACCAGAAAACAGAGAGUGCUAUUUGACUGAGAGUUAUAAAUCAAUGAUCAGAGCUCUAGAAGUUGAUGUGGCAAUACAUGGAGUGCAGAUCAACAUGUAGCAUUCUGAAACAUUCUGAACCACUAGAUGAAACAUUCCAAACCAAAUUAGACAACACUUACCUCGUUGAAAUAGUAUGCUUUUUGAUUGAGUGUUGUUAAUUGAUACAGAAUGAGUUAAAUUGACUGCAGAGGCAAUCAGAAUGAUUAAAUACAUUUAACAAUAGUAGAUGUGAAUGGAAUAUCAAGCCAAAUGAAUGAGAAUUUAAAAGUAAACACAAUCAUGUAGCUGACAUUUAGUAAUAGGUUAUAAGAAAGGGGUUAAGUUUUCCAACCAAUUUCUAAGGUAAGGAAAGCAAAAUCAGUACUUUGCAGGAUUUUUUUUUUAGCACUGAACUAAACAUUUCUCCAAUCUGGUCAGUUGCAUUUUUUUAAUAGAUAUUCUCCUUGCAUGUAAAAUGAUACAUACAAUACAUGCAACAGAGAUUUUGCAACUUAGCUUUAGGAAAACUAAAUGUGUAAUAAUACUUAAAGGGAGCUACUGAUAUAUCAAAGAAAAGCAGGUAAUACAAUAUUAGUGUUAGUAAUAUUUACAAUGUCUUAAAAAGCUAACACUAUAAAAGAAAAAAAAGGGAAAAAAUUAUGGUGUUGAUUUAUUCUCAUACAUUUACACUUAAAUGAAAUUGUGGAAAUAUUGGUAUAAUCUGACUGCGAUGAGGGAGAAAUUUAACUUAUGGAGUUCAUGCAAAAAUGAAUUUGAAAAGAUGAUGUGUUUCUGUUCAAAUUCAGUGUCUCACCAGGAAAUGUAUGGACUCCAUUGUGGGACCAGUUAGCCAGAAGUUCAGGAAAUUUUGAAAAGAGUAAAAAGGAUGGUGAUGAAGCACAGGUAACUCAAACUGAUUUUUUUCUAGACUUAUUCUAAACCUAAAGCUUUCUUUUCUUAUUUUCUUGAACAAUUUAGCUUUGCCAUGUUGAGCUUGGCAAUGUGGACUUUCCCUGCUCAACCUUGUUAUAUCACUUUUAGGGGUGAAAUGGUUAGGCUGAAGGUAAUAAAUGAAGAGGAGCCUGAUAUUUUGGAAAAUUUCCAGCUUCAUAGAGAAAACCUUAAAAUGAUCAUUUACUGAGGUGAAAAACAUCAAAAAACAUGAUUAACCAAAAGGAAACUAGGAUUUUUAAAAUGGAGAGGAUGAGCACAAUUUAUUAAUGACAAUCUUGGAAAUCAUUUGCUAAAAUUUCCUUGAUACACAGAUCAUGAGGUAGGUUCUUUAACCCUUUAACUCCCAAGAUCUGAUUGUUAAUUCUCCCCUCUAGCUGCGACACAUUUCCACGUAAUUUAGUUACAAGAAUUUGGUGUUAGAUCAAGAUAACAACUUCUACUGAUAAGUUUGAGUAUUCUCAUUACCUUUUUGCCAGAUGAUAUAAUGGUUAUUAAAGGGAGAAGAUAUAUGGUAAUCACUUCUGGAUGUUAAGGGGUUCAUACACAAUCUGCUUUUUGUUGCUUCUUUCUGACAGUUGAUGGGUCGCAUGGGAACUCUUGAGGAAUCUGGUCAAGCCUGUUUAUACCUGGCUGCUGAGGCAACGUUUACAACUGGUAUUGAUCUGUUAUUGAGUGGUGGUGCAGAGCUGACUUAUGGGAAGAAAACGCAAGUGGAGAGUGCUUAGAAAAAACAUUUAUACCAGUAUAUUUUGUAUAAUGAUCAAAUUUCACAACAAGCCAGUUCCAAUUUGAAAACUCUUCAAUCAUCUUCAAAGUGAUUCUUUGAGCAAAAACCACUCCUGUCAAAGUUAGUUUCAUCUGCAGGAUGGUAACAAAAUUGUUUUUCCAUAGCCUAGUUUUAUGACAAAGACUAGCUUUUUGUUAAUGGCCAUUUGAAAUUUAGUAAGGUUUUAUCACGUUAGAGACCAGUCAUUACUACACUUGGGAGGAUAAGGAUUUUUGGGGGGAUUACAUGGUUGCAGGGGGGACGGAGGGAGGAUCAGUCAUUGUCAACAGAGUACAAAGUGGGGGGCGGGAGAGAUGUAAAAAUUAUCGGUCAAGUAACUGCCAUUGAAAGGGGGUGGGGUGGGAAAUGAUGAGAAUAUUACAGAGCCUUAUGGGAAGGAUCAGGAAAAUUUUGUCUUGACUCAUCCAACUUUCAGCAACCAUACUCCCCCCUCCCCAAACCUCCCACUCCCAUGGCAAUAAGAAAUUACCGGUUUCUUGGUGUCAUGCUUUUUUUUAACGCUUUGGCUCACACCUUUGACCAAGAUCUUACCUCCUUCUUAAAUCUUAAUAUAUUGUAAAAAGAUUGGUUAUGGGAAUACAGGCAAUAAUCAAUUCAAGAUAGUACUUUGAUUAUUCAACUAAUUCUUAGAACCAAAAUGUAGAGAAAUGUAUAAUAGUCACUAGGGAGAAUUGAUAUUAAGAUCUUGGUGGUCAGAGGGUUGAAGAUGUAUUGUCGAGUUAGGUAGUAAACGCUUUUACUUGUAGAUCUAAGGUAUUGUGAAGUUUUAGUUUGAUAACAUUUGAGGACGCAAGCGAUAAAGUAGAGAGAGGUUACUUAUUUUAGAGUGCAUCUCGAUUGGGUGUCAUAAAACCAAAACUAACAAACCACUAACAGUGACCGAUAAAAAGAAAACAAAUGGCUUGAAAAGCCAACGAGGAUUCAAAGUUAAAACACCCAACUGUCUAAAGCGCGGGAAAACGCGGGCGACCCCGUCGUGAUUGGUUUUAGUUUUGCAUCUGAUUGGUUGAGAGAGUGGCGCGAGUUGUCUUGACCAAUCACAGAUCGAAGUGAAGCAAAACCAAUGCAAUCCUGGAUGACUUUCGACACUCAGUUGAAAAUGACUCCAUGAGGGCUUUUGGUCUCAUAUUAAUUGAUUCAACUUUUACUUGAAAUGUCACACAAUCUAGUCAUGUUCAGUAUUUUCAAUUUGUAUUAUUUCUUGUGACGGGUUUUCGACUGCAUUUGACAGCGUUCAGAUACGAUUUCAUUAAAAUAAUUUUUGAUGAUACCGGUAAUUAAAUUUUUUUAGUAAUUAGAUAUCGUAUGAUAAAGCUCCUUUUAAAAAGAUAAAUUAUUAGGUUUGGAAUAUUAAAAAAUAAUUGACAACUUUUAAACGAGCGGACUGUGCGCAGAUUUCUUAAGGGUGCGUUUUUCAGCCGUAGGUGUACAAACGGGGAAGGACUUCAGGAGUUUGGGCUCAAGAAGGGUUGAGAGAGGAAAACUAUCAUUACGAGCCUGAAAGUGUUUCACGACUGUUUUGCCAUGGAAAAAUGUUUUAGAGAUUACUUCAGAUAAUUGCUCCUCUGCCGUAACCCAGGAGUUUCUUUUAUUCUUCUACGAGAUGUAUAAGGGUUGGAGAAGUGUGUGAAAGUUUCCCCUUUUUAGCAGAGUUGAACCAGCCUUUGGACCGGUGUAUUUCCGUACGAAACAUUGCCAAAGCCCUCCUCUCUCCCGCACCUCCUUUGGUUCCCUUUUUCGAGCUGAACGUUGGCAACUGAAGCUCUUAAAAAGUGCAUAUAUUCGAAGGACAU